CCAAAUCUACCUUUGACUUAUCUUUCAAAUAUUCAGAAACACUUUCACUAUUUCACCCUAUUUUAAAAAAAAUUACUUAACGUGUCUGACAAUGUGCCUACCAUCAGGCAGAGCAUCUGCAAGUUUUAAGACUCGCUUAAACACAGUCUCUUAUUUUAUCAAACCAAAACUUCUACAAAUUACCUUAAAUAUUAGAAAACAAAAUUAUGUAGCUGCAACUUCAAUAUGUCUUUCGGUCAAUAAGGAAAAAACUGCGACAAAAUGUGAUUCUUUUAAAGGAAGCCUCAACAAGGACAUCACCAAGGAAGGUUCUCUAGUAAAAUCCCAUGAUUUCAAACAGUUCUUGGAUCUCAAGACACCCUGCCUCGAGAAGUCCCAUAUCUUAACUCAUUCAAGUUCAAAUCUCAAAGAUAAUUCGCAAAUAUAUAUGACAAGCCGGAGCUUUAGUUUAGAAGCCAAACCGCCAUCCUCCCCAGAGAAGUCCUCUCCAAAGGAGCCACAACCAUCACCAUCUAUCCAUAUUAAACCCAGUAAAACCGAGCAACUGAAGGAAGCCUUUAAGGAAUAUGGAUCUGCUUUAAUGGCCUUUCAUUUGGCUAUAUCCUUGAUAUCCUUUGGCGGCUUCUAUGCUUUAAUAUCUGGUGGAAUAGAAUUGGAUCUCAUACUGGAAUUCUUUGGAAUCUCCUCAAAUGCUUUAGCUGAGAAAAUGGCCACCGGAAGUACCUUUGUAUUGGCUUUGGCCAUACACAAAAUUCUGGCACCAAUUAGAAUUAGCAUAACUUUGGGGGCCACUCCAUUUGUGGUUCGCUAUUUGCGAUCUAAAGGAUUGAUCAAAGCUAAAACCAAAGCUUUAUAAUUAAUAUUUCAAAAUAUGGAAAGUUUACUUAACUAAAUUUGGGUUGUUAAAGAAAUAAAGUGAUUGGAAAAUGAAUCUUUGUUGAGGUAACAUCUAUCCAUCUAUCUAUUUUGAGGUAUUAUUUCAAUAAAUGGCUUAAACCAA